AUGUCUGAAAGCAAUAGCCCUACACCACAACCAAAUAUCAUUCCAACAAAUACUAACAAACUUCUUCGUCAAACACAAAAACCAAUCGGACCCGAUGAUAGGAGCACAUUACUAGUGGCCGAAAGAGCAGUUUAUGAGACAAGAUUAAACUCUCCAAUUGCAUUCAAUGUUUUAAUUUUUAAUUUAGCUCUCGGAUCUGCAUAUGUGAGUGGAGUUUUAAGAAAGAGAAGAAAUCCACCACAAACUGGUAAAGCCAAUAUUUUGACUGUUUCAUCAUCACUCCUGCUUGUAUUCUCUUUUAUGAGAAACUUGUCACCUAGUUUUGAGAGGAAGUAUGCUCUCGAUCCAAGAGAGGAUAAACUUUCUCCAAGUGGAUUGAAGAGAUGGGUGGAAAAAAAGAAGGAAUUGGAGGAAAAGUACAAGAGUGUUUCUGAAUAACUUGGUAUGAUUUUUGAUGAUGAAUUGCUAGACAUGGUAUCAGUAAAAAGAGAAGGAUUGAGGCAGAGGAUGAAAAAGUUUUGAAUUUUGAAAUUUUGUAACCAUUAAAUAUAUCCACAAGGCAGCAUAACUACUUGUGGCUCUUUAA